UUUUUUUUAUAUUUUUAAUAUGAAGUGUUGCGAUUUAUUAGCAUUUCUUAUUCCAAAAUCUUAUAAAACGUACAAGUUAUAUAAAUUAUAAUCACCUUAAAAUCUUUAUUUUACUACCACACUCGAUGUAUUUUAAAAACACAUUUUUAAAGAUUAUAUUUAAUACCAAGCAGCCCAAAUUUUGUUUUUAUUUAUUUUUUUCAUUCUUUUACCCAGCUCACUCUCAUGACUAUGGCGAAUAUCUUGACACCUCUCACAUAUAAAUACGACAAGCCGUUUAAAGGGUUUCGAGGAUUAUUCGAGUGUAUGUAAAUACACAUACUCACACACUCGACUAACUGUUCUGUCGCAAUCGGAUAAUAAUGUGGGAUAAGGAUUUAACGUUGCAGCUGUGUAUGACUUUAUCUUCACUAAUAAAAUAAACUUUAACUUAAAUAAUUUAUAACUUUUUUAUUGAACACAUAAAUAUUAAAAAAUAACAAAAACAGAAAAUAUAAAGGUAUUUCUCUGAAACACAAGAAACAGAAUUGGCGUUUACGCCCCACGCAUUUGUUACGAAAAUGGAAAUGGUAAUUAUAUAUGCAAAAUAUCAAUAAACCGCAUUUACAGAUUCGUGCGAACAGCGAGGCGAAUAACGAACAUGCUUUUCUGCGCUCACCCAACCCAGUUCGCUAUUCGCACUUGUAUGUGCGAAUGCGAUAUGAUUAGCUCGCUUAUAAUAUUAGCUUCACCUGUAUGUUUGUACGUAGCCAACUCCUUUAAUACAAACUUUGUACACUUAUAAAAGAUCGGUAACAACACAAUGAUUUCAUGACAUUAUUGGAUAUAUUUCCUUACGUAUAAGAGUGGAGAUAAUUAAGAUGAUUUUUAUCAACUGGGUAUAUUUAUUAUUAUAUUCGUAGCUGAGUUAAUAUUUGCAUUCACUUUGCAUAUACCAUUUUUUUUUAAUUAACGUUAAAAUUUAAUAUAAUAUAAAUAUUUAACUAUAAUGCAGCCUUUUGAAUCAUCGUGCUGAAACAAAAAAAAAUAAUAAUACUCAAUUGACUUGAGCUCACAAACUAAAUCGAUUUAUCACAUAAACGUAAAAAUUACCUAUAAAGCAUUAUACGCCGAAUAACUGUCUAUUAUAAUGAAUGCUUGCAACAGUUUUAAUUUCUCGUUGUGUUCGCAAUGGCUACGUCAGGCGCGUUCGAGUGGAAAGCCCCGCGGAUGGCGAGCGGCGAGCGGCGAGCGGUAGUUUUCUUCGGCUUCUUCACAUGCGGUAUGUAACGUAUGCGUGGUGUGCGGGCCGCGGCGUGCGCCUUGACCAGUCGAGCUGUGCGUGGGCGGCCGACGCCCGCGCGCGACAUGCCGCACACCACCUGACGCCGCGCAGCACCAUCGACGAGAAUGAAAUCCUGUACCAUGUACAAGAUCACCUACGUGUCGCGGAAGAAAAAGCUCGAGGAUCGAGGCGCCGCUCUCGUCGACACGUUGUUUGAGCGUCGAGCGGGCCGUGUCACCUUCUCACAGUUCCGGAACGGCCUGUUGUCGGUUCUUGGGGGUGAGGCCCCAUCACAAGCCUUCACCGUCAGCCCCACAUCAACAUCGAACGUGCAGACUGCUGCCACUACAUCUCCACAAAGUGACGACGAUUCGUCGGGACGAGAAGUCGCUCCCAAAUUUACGUUUGGUUCAAAAAAGUACGGUAGAAGAUCUCGUCCGCCGCGAGUCGAUCUCGGCGACUCCCCGCGUCACCGGGUCGCCUCAGAGUCUCGUCUGGACGGAGAACGGGCAAAACAGCGUAUGAAGUGCAAAAGAAGCUCUUCAGCUAUGGAGACCCGCGCCGACUCGCUCGUUGACGACGACGCUUUGGACCUCGAUCACGAUCAGCGAGUUGAUAGGGACAGAGCACUUAAACUUUGUCAAAGCUUACAAAUGCAUGGUGUAGACAGAAGGUUCGUUGACAGGGUGUUCGAGGAAACAAAGACUGAUGAAAUUACUGUUGGAGAGUUUUUUGAUCGUUUGAAUUCUUCUUUACAAUCAUCAAUCCAGGCCAGUCUUGAUAGAAGUGUAAAUGAUGACUGUACUGCAAUUGACAUAGAUGUUGUUCCGAGUGAUGCAGUUGUUGAAGCUUGGGAAAGAGCUGGUGUUCAAAAGCCUCGCCGACUUUUGCAUGAGUUAGGAUUUACUGUUGUAGCUAUCCACCCAAAGGACUUAGAACGUGCUCUUGAAGACGAACUUCAAGCGUUAGGCUCCUCUCCUAAUGUUGCAGAGCCACGCUCCUUGUUACUAUUGGCUUCCAACACAUUGGCCCGCUUAAGAGUAGACACGUACAGACGCCGUCUCGAUGUGGCCAUCGCUGAGCGCGAUAAAUUAAGAUCAGAUCUCGUCGAAGCGAAUCGCCGUGCGCGAUUACUAGCUCAGGACGUUGACGAAAAUCAUGCAAGAAUAGAAGCAGAGCUGAAGGCGAGCUUGCGUCAAGUGGAAGCGAAACAUGCAGAGGCAGCCCGAGUGUCUGCCCUUGAAACUGUAGCAGAACGCGAGCGCGCGGCGCAGGCCCGGCGGGAGCUCGAAGCGGAGGUGGCUAGACGCGCUGACGUCGAGGCUCGGCUGCGUGCUGACCUUGCCACAUGCUAUGAACGCAACCAGGAACUUGAGGAGCGAAUGCGUGAGAUAGAGACGCGUGCCUCUCAAACGGAACGCGACUCCGCACGUCUAGUGAGCGAAGCACGUACGGCGGCUGAGCGCGAGGCGGAACUCGCUGAGCGAGAGCGAACAAUGGUUGCGGAAUUGAACACACGUUUACAUGAACUUAGACACGAAAACCAACAACUCCGGGACAGGAAUGACGAACUGUGUGCUGCAGUGGAAGUUGUGGGAAGAGGAGAGCGUGGGUCGGACCCUGACGAGCCAGCCUGCUGGCGUGACGAGACCGAUGGACACUCACCACUUCUUGCAUCUCCUUGCAGAUCACAGAGAGACAGUUUAGUCGCUUCAGAAGAUAAACUCAAAAAAGAGGAUCAUAUCUUACACACAAUUGUAGAAAAAUUCAAUGGCAUAUCGAUAGAGAGUAGCAAGUGCGAGCGCUGUUCAGCUCUAACGGAUAUUAUCUCGUCAAUCAGAUCACAAGAGAGUGCGCCAACCGAAGCUUGGGUCCAAACGGAAGGAAGUAAUGAUGAGGUUGAAGCAUUGCGGAAGGAAAACAUUGUUCUAAAAGCGACACAUGAGUUGGAGAUAGGAAAUCUCAACAGUAUAAUCAGAGAUCUGGAAUACAGCGUGGAGCAGAUGCGCGAGGAGUACGAGCGCUGCGAGGAGUACUGGGCGCGCAAGCUGGAGGAGGAGCGCGCCGCGUGGGGCGAGGAGCAGCGCGCGGGCGACGAGCGGCUGCGCGCGCUCAGCGACGAGAUCGCGCGCUUCGAGCGGCAGUUCGGCGCGCCCGCGCCGCCCGCGCUGCCCGCGCUGCCCGCGCUGCCCGAGAGCGCGCUCGAGGAGCAGUACGCGAGCCUCGAGCGCGACCUGCGCCGCGCCCACGCCGACCGCGCGCGACAGAUGGAGGAAAUGUCAACACAAAAGCAACGAAUUGAGGAAUUAGAGCAGUGCCUCGCAGCGCUCGAGCAAAAACUUCAACAGCAGCAACAGCAACAACAACAGCAGCAGCAACAGCAACAACAACAACAGCAGUUGUUGCAACAGAGGCAACAACAACGAUCAAACGCGCGACAUUGUACUGAAAUUGACAUACAGCGGAUGCAAUCGGUGAGUACAUUUUUGCUCUGUUAGUUUUGCUUUAUCUUC